CUCGGGGGCUAUGAACAGGAACAGCGUUUACUUGUCAAGUUGGCGGACACCGGUCGAGUGAUAAAGAUCCUCCAGCAAGCAGUGAAGACUUCACUCGAUGUGUUGAACAUUCACGACGCAGCUGUCGCGGAGUCGUGGUGGAAUGAAAUGCUUCACGAGCGUAUGGCCCGACUGGAUAUGUACGAGGCGUUGGUGGCUGAAGUACUGAAGAGGCCAAGUCAGGUGGCAACCGAGGAAGAACAGAUCGAAAUACUGACGCUGUUGAAGUAUGGGCUGCAAAGA